UGUUGAAAAAAAAAGUUGGUCUGAGGGGAAAAAAAUAUAUUAACACUCAAAUAUCUUAUUAUUUUCCAAAGAAAAUGAUCAAAAACUGCAACAUUUUAUUUCAAGCGGUGGGAUUUAUUUUGAAGUCCUGAAUAGAAAGUUGUAGCUGUUGUAGGUUGCGCCCGGUCAUUCCGACAGUUUAUCACCGGUCUAUUACUGUGAGGUGUGUAUUUGCAUCUGGCUUUUAACACGCCCCCUUCACUCUAACACAAAGAUAGACCCUGCGCGCUGUAGUUCAAGACUGAGACUCGGGGGGCUGACUGACUUCUGACGCUCAACAAUGCAGACCACGCCACAAAAGUUUGAAACGGUAUCUUUACGCACGGGGCUGGUGGGGAGAGGACUCGGGGGUGACAGCAGCUGCGCGUCCAUGGAUCAGGCUACAUGUGUUGGUUUAUCUGCAUCCCAGCGGAAAGUCAUUUGAAGAGCUAUUGGAGGAGACGCGAACAACCUCGGUGCAGUGCCAAAGGAAAUCCACGAGUGUUUCCAUACAGGAUUUACCAGUGCUCUGAAAGCUUACACCUGGAAUAUAAACUAAGUUGAAGUGCAUGUAAGACCUGUGACAAUUUUAUUAUCAACAGCAUCUGCUUGAUGGUUUGUACAACUCCUGGAUAAUCACCUACGGAGGCACUUUUGGAGACGUUGGAUCUGAAUUACGCACGGGAUUCCUCUAACAAAUGACAGCCUUUACGUUCUUUUCUACUUCCCCACUUCAUCUCCGUAGUUCCCUUCACCGCAGCGAGCCAGCGUAUCACCCCCCUGACCAGGUCAGACCCAGAGAGUAAAUGCCUCUCGGUCUCUCUCCGUGCGCCAACGUGCGGCCGCGGGCCACCUGGCUGAGAAUGUGGGGAGGAGGAUUCCCGAUGUCUGUCACCGUGAUUGUGACUCUGCUCCUGGUCAUUAUUGACGUUAAAGCCAGUGGGGAGUAUUGCCACGGCUGGCACGACUCCCAGGGAGCCUGGAAGGAAGGUUUCCAGUGUCCCGAGAAGAUCGACGGAGAGGACUCGAUCAUCUGUUGCGGGAAAUGCGAGCUGCGCUACUGCUGCUCCAGCACGGACGCACGGCUGGAUCAGGGGAGCUGCGAUAACGACCGACAGGCGCAGGAGCCCGGGACGGAGAGCAAAGAGAACAAGGACUCCGGUGCAGUGCCCAUCUACGUGCCGUUCCUGAUCGUGGGCUCCGUGUUCGUAGCCUUCAUCGUGGUCGGCUCUGUGGUUGCCGUGUGCUGCUGCCGCUGCCUCCGACCCAAGCAGGAACUGUCUUCACCUGGUGCGUCUGGAGGAGGGGGCGGCGGCGGCGGCGGCGGCGGCGGCGGAGGCGGCGGCAGCGGGCGCCUCUUGGAGACCAUCCCCAUGAUGGCGAGCACCUCCAGAGGCUCCUCGUCCCGCCAGUCCAGCACGGCCACCUCGUCCAGCUCCUCCGCCCCGCCGGCCGCCCCGCGCCCGGCCCCGCCCCCCAUCAUGCGGGCCCAGGCCUCCUGCUGCCUGCCGCCCGACGCCAGCGUCUUCGUCAACAUGCCCACCAACUUCUCCGUGCUCAACUGCCAGCAGGCCACGCAAAUCAUGCCCCACCAGGGGCAGUUCCUGCACCCGCAGUACAUCGGCUACGCCCACCCCGUGUCCCACACCGCCACCUUCUUGGACCCCUCCCACGGAGGAUACAGACCCCUCCAGUCGCCCUGCCCUCCACCCACCGGUGGGUCGAGCGUCACCAGCGACCAGAAAUUCCCUCCGGUGACGGUGUGACGGGGGACCAACCUGCAGACCACUCGACCACUUUGUUGCAAAGACUUAACAUGUGAAGUUUAACCUGUGAGGGCUGCGGCAGAGACCUUUGGGCGCGCUGCCAGAGUGGAUAAAAAAAAAAAACAACAAAAAGAACAAAAAACAGACUUACAUGAAGGACUCAUAAAGCUGUUGCUGGUAGCAGGGCCUGCCCUGCUUUUUGUGUGUGGUGUGUCUGUUCAGUGCUUCAUAUGUCAAGUCAGAAUGAGCUAAGCUCUGCCUGUGAUGGGGUGAGAGGGAUGUAUAAACAUUUCUCUGGCUAGAUGCAAAGUCUAAACUGCAUCUCGGAGGGUUACACAGCCCAGAUGGGUAAUAAUGCACAGUUCACCGCAGCUCAAAUAAAGACUGCGCGGCGAUUGAGGACGAGAUUUGUUGGCUUAUAUGUGCGGGAAUGAGUGACGACCGGAUGAUUUAUAGCAGGAGACUGUAUGAAAAAUGGACUUUCGAGUUAAAAAAAAAAAAAAAAAAAAGAAUAUGACCACAUGCUGUGUUAAUGCCAUGUGCACAUCUGUGCUAUGAGUGAAUGUGAGGAGCGGUUUAUACAGUACAAUAUAUUUUUGUUUGUGUUGAAAGUAUGAGGAAGGAACGCUUGCGGAUGGAUGUUUGAAAUCGUACGCGUGUGGAGGGAUGUAGUCGAGUGAGUAACCCGUGAGUGUGUAAUGGGAAAUGCAGGUGGUGUGAUGUGAAAGGCAGCCGCGGUCUCCCUGUAGGCUAUUUAAACUGUAAUGAAGUGAACACAGGACACCGACUGUGACACUCCACCCUACUACACAACCCCACCUCCCCACUCCUCCUCCUCCUGCCACCUUGAAAGAAAAAAGAAAAAAAAAAACACACACACACACACACAAAACCCCAACUGCCCUGAGCGGAAACACACUCACAGGACCCAAAGAUGACAAUAUUCACACAAGGCUGGCUGUUAAUGUUCCUUGGAAGUGUGCGACAGAGGAGCAAGAGGCCGUUCUCUGAAGAUUACCAAGUUAAUUAUACAGCAAAAUCUCUCCCAGCUGCCCCCCUUUUUACUUCUCUCCUGUGAGAGGUGUGCGAGUGUGUAUUUAACGCUACCACAGUUCAGUGCGUUAGUACAGGCAGCUCCAGGGCAGCUAUGACUCAUUAUUUUCCACUUAAAAAAGAAAAAGAAAAAAGACAUAGAAGUGGCAGUUUUUGCUUGUUAAUCAAAUUUUUUUUUUUUAGCUGUUUUGUGUGCAGCUCAAUCACAGAGGAACAUGCAACUUGAGGAAUGUGCUGCUUCACUGAGCGUGGAGCCUGAGAUAUCACCAGGUACUGAAACCGGUGUGUGCGUGUAUGUGUGUGUGUAUGCGUGUAUGUGUGUGUGUGUGUGCAGGUCAUGACGGAUUCAUUUUAGGCUCAAUGUGUUCAGUACUUACGGUGAAAUUCAGCAAUAUGAUGCAGGUGCGACUUUUUCUAAUGAAUUUGAAAAAAAAAAAUAAACACGUUGUAAAAA